GUCUUCGCAUGGCAAAAUCAUAAAUCUGGGGAACAUAAAUGUGUAGCCGGUCGUCAUAAAGCGUACUCACAAAUUUGAUCAAUGGAUUUCGAAGCAAGACCUUCUGCUGCGCUCCGUGUGAUCCCCUCACAACCACCAUAAAACCUACUAUUUGGACCCAGCCUAUCAUCAUCAAAUAUAUUGAACCAACAUGAGGAUCCAUGCCGCUGUGAUCUUCGCCAUUGCUGGUACUCCUCUCGCGCAAUCACCCACUAUUACCUCAUCCGGAGUGCCUCUUCCCAACGCAAGCGAAUUCGCCUCCCAACUCGACGCCCUCAAUGCCUAUGUUAGCACCAUGGACCCCGCGGAACAGUCCAGUGUCUUAGCGGUCAUGGAGUCUGGGUACGACAUCGGGACUGCUGUGGCCAACAGCUUUCUUUCAUCCAUACAAGCCAACUCGCCUAGUGCCACGAUUCAAGGAACAACAAGCGGAGGAGCUGCGCCAACCUUAGGAGUACAUACAAUGGCAGGGCUUGCCGGUGUUGGAAUGGCGGCUCUUGGGAUGUUGUAAUAGGCAGAGGAGAGGACUAGAAGAGACUUGCGGGCUCAAUUUCAGGCUUGGGAUAAUAGGACUAGCAGGUUCAUGCGGAGCAUGAUGAAUGUACAGUUAGCAUUGUCUUGAUAAUACGAAAAGCGGCUGGCUCACUUGACAUGGACUUAUUUCAGUUGGGACUCAGGCAUCAAGAUCCUUUGAUGUUUGGAUGACCACUUUCAAGAUGGUCAAUCUCUUUUACCAACCUUUCCUUUAUACGAACAUUCUUCUAUAAAGACAAAGGUAAGGAAUUUGCUGCAAACGGAUAGGCAGGAAGGCUAUAUAAUGAGCGGUCCUAUACUGUUAUUUAGUAAAUCACAACUCAAC